AUGGACGUCAUCCUUCGCGGGCUCACGGAAAACGUCAUCCCGGGAUCUCAGGCGCAGUUCGCUUUGCGUCGCUCUCAACCGGCACGGGGCGUGGACACUCCGCACCCAUUGUCUGUAGCGGUUGCCUUCCGUCCACACGACGCCAUGGAAGCAUUGCUGGGAACAACGCUGUUGCAUGGAACGGCGCAGGUGGCGACUUCGUCACUGCAGGGAGGGGUCGUAGCCCUCUACUUUUCCGCUGGAUGGUGCCCUCCGUGCAAAGGGUUCACUCCUCAAUUCCGCAAAGUGUACGAGCACGCAAAAUCGAAGAAUCGGGCCUUCGACGUCGUUUUUGUAUCCGGUGAUCGUGACGAGACCUCUUUUCGGGAGUACUUCGGCAAAAUGCCGUGGCAUGCAUUGCCCUUUGCGGACCGCCAACGUCAACAGCAGCUCUCUGCAAAGUUCGGUAUCCGUGGAAUUCCUUCGGUUGUCCUGCUCAGUUCGUCUGGGCAGCUUUUGGAUGCCAGCGCGAGAGGCAAGGUGAUGGAGUCUGGGUUCGUCCUGUCCCUGCCACGCUGCAUCGACUUGGCGUCGGCGGCGCUGUCUGAACCGUCGGGCGCCGUACAAUUGCAGCUGCGAUACAAAGGCUGCGAGUAUGACAUCGAAUGUGAGCCCAGUGAAGGCUGGGAAAUGCUGCGCAUGCAGAUCUACUCCAUGAUUGACGUGCCAGCCGAGCAGCUGAAGCUGUUUGGGCUGGGACUUGAUAAAGGUCAACUGGAUGAGUCCAUCCCUCUACCGCAGGCCUUGGCGAGGGGCAUUGCGGCCCAGAAGAAUUCAGGUCUCCAACUGGCCAAGGUGCCAUUGGAAGGAAGACGAGCCUCCUCGAGUCACGAUGACGACAAGCCAGGGCAAAGGCAUCACACAGGAACCUUGGACUCAGCCAGCGCUUGGUGUUCCAAGCGCGAUGACUGCAGCCCCUGGUACCAACUGGACCUAGGGGAGGUCGGAAAUGUUGCGGGAGUGGUUUUGGCCUCGCGCGUGGAUUGUGGCCAAUGGGUCACAAGGUUCCGGGUUGAGCUGGCCGAUUCUGAGGAUGGACCCUGGACUUCGGCUGACGAUGGCAGGGAGUUCGAUGGGCCAGGCUACGCACUCCCUGUGCGUGCGGUCUUUCAAAACGGCUCACAGCUUGCCCGCUUCGUUCGAAUACUGCCACUAAGUCACCGGAACCAUUGCUCUCUCCGCGCAGAUUUGCUGCUGGCUACAGGAGAGCCGGACAAGCCGCCUGUAAUUGUCGCCCUGGGAAACUUCAGUGAGGGAGACCCCUUCGAAUCUGAGACGCCCGAGGUGCCAAUGGACACCAUGAUGGAGGAGCAGCACCUGGCGAUGUUGCAGGCCAAGCUGAGCUCGCUGCCACCCAAACUCCAAAAUCAGGUCGGAUCCCUGGCCACAGUGCAGGGAUAUGAGAAGAAGCCGCUACAGCGACAGGCGCUGGACGAGAUUCCUGUCCUUGCCCUCGAUGCCGCCGUGGAUCCAAGCGAGAGCUACGAGAUCUCCUUCAUGAGGAUGCUGGUGCGUUGGUUUAAGCACGAGUUCUUCAGCUGGACGAAUGCACCCAGGUGCGAGCACUGCGGCUCAACCGAAACAAAAACAGUGGGUCGUGCCGAGCCCACCCCCGAGGAGAAGCACUUCAAGGCCAACACUGUCGAAGUGGCAGCAUGUUCGAAGUGCGGCGGCCAAACGCGAUUUCCUCGCUACAACGAUCCAGCAAAGUUGCUUCAGACCCGAACCGGGCGUUGUGGUGAGUGGGCCAACUGCUUUACGCUCGUGUGCCGUUCCCUAGGCUACGAAGCUCGACAUGUGCAUGACUGGACAGACCAUGUUUGGACCGAAGUCUUCUCGGACUCCAAGCAAAGGUGGUUGCAUGUCGAUUCUUGUGAAGCGGCACUGGACUCCCCUCUCAUGUACGAGAAGGGCUGGGGGAAGAAGCUGACAUACUGCAUUGGCUUCGCUCGAGAUCACGUGGUGGAUGUGACCAGGCGAUAUACGCAAUGCUUCGAGGAGUUGCUCCCCCGGCGGACGCAGUGCUCAGAAGAGGAGUUGAAGAAAGCUGUGAGCGCGAUCGACGAGUUCGCCUUGGAUCGAUCGUUAGUGCAGUAUCCCGCGACUGUGGCUGCUGCUCGCCGCGCUCUGCUACUUGCGAGGGCUGAUGCCGAAGCACAGGAGACAACGCACGUCGCCACACAGGCCGAGGAGGUCGGCCGCACCAGUGGAGAUGCCUCCUGGCGCGCCCACCGAGGCGAACUUGGGGCCAACGAUGCGGCAAAGAAGAAGGCCCUUGAGUGCUCGGAAACGGGCUUGGAACAAGCAGGCACAUCACUCCCCUCGACGGGGUACAAAGGUGCACACGACGCGCAGGCAGCGCUACGGGCGAGGGUGGCCAAGUUGAUGGCCACAGGGCUUUCGGCGAACGAUGCCUUGUUGAAGGUGCUUGAGGAGGCGAAGCAGAAGGUAUCUGCAAAGCCGAUGAUGAACCAGAGCAGCAACACCGGAUCGGGUUUGCAGGACUACACGACUUUCAACAACUCCCUGCCGCACAGCGCCGGCUUUUUGGGAGCCUCGGAGCUUUGGGCCGAAGGCCCUGGAGGCUCCGAGGGCUCGGGCGCCUACCUUCAGAACCUCGUUGUCAGCGAGGAGCCGGUGCUCACCGAACACCCACCUGUCUCUUUCAAGUGGUGGGCGAAGCUGGACGAGGCAUCGGACUGGGGCCGACUUCUCUUUGAGGGCCUCGAUGCGAGGAGCCUACUCCAUGAGGCCAGUUUCGGCAGCGCGCCGCUGGUGGCCUCCAAAGCCGCAGACUUCUGGCACCACAAGGUCUACGACAUGGCGGUCGGGCGUGUGUCUCCCAGGACGGACCCAGAGAAGCUGGCAGGUGAGUUUUGGCUCUCCAAGCAGGCCAUGAACGUCGAACCGAUGUACUUGCACUGCCAGGGAACACUUGCUCAGGCGUUGGAGAGUUGUAUCAUGCUUCGUUUCAGCUGUGCCCAAGAUGUUCUCCAGUCUCUGCAGCUUGGUCGGGCCAGACCGGCCGCACCAAUCCCCAGCAGAGGCGUCGUCUUCGGCAUCGAGCAGGACCCUCGCAAUGCAAGGCUGGUGCGGAUGUUCAUUGAGUAUCGCAACGAGAUCGUUGCAGAUAUGGUGCUCUGCGAGGUCUUCGAGGAGAGGGAUGAGGCAUCUUUUCAAGAAACAAAUGCGGACGGGACGGUCAGUGGUGGCAGAUUCAGCAGCCUACUGACUGAAAGGACAGCUGCACCUGAACCCCGACAUUCCUAA